CACUGUACAGGGAUCGUUCGUAACUCCUGCCGCCGCAGGCCGCGGUGCUACGCCUACCACGAAGCAGAAGCAGAGCUCCGAAAAUGUCCAACGCGCCGUCCCGAAACGCCGCCCCCUUCAAACCACUCCUCCCGACGCCCCGCUCCCGCCUCCGUGUCAAACCCGUCCUCCCCUCCGGCGCCACUCCCACUUCCUCCUCUCCACGCCGCAGGGUGUCCGCUUCCGCCGCAUCCCGCCGCGACUUCCUCCUCCUCGUCCCCUCGCUCGCCGCCGCCUCCGCUCUCCUCCGCCCGCUCCCCUCUGCCGCGGCCGAUGAAGAAGCGUCGCCACCGCCACCCCCAACCCCUCCCGCCCAACCGUCCACCCCCACCCCGCCGCCCCGGACGGAGGAGAAGGAGCUCGAGGAGUCUGCCAUGUCGAGGGUGUACGACGCGACUGUCAUCGGGGAGCCGCAGGCGGUGGGGAGGGACGCGAAGGGCCGGGUGUGGGAGAAGCUGGCGGCCGCGAGGGUGGUGUACCUGGGCGAGGCCGAGCUCGUGCCCGACCCCGACGACCGCGUGCUCGAGCUCGAGAUCGUCAGGAAGCUCGCGGCCCGCUGCACGGAUGCCGGGAGGAGCUUGGCCCUCGCGCUCGAGGCCUUCCCGUGCGAUCUCCAGCAGCAGGUUGACCAGUUCAUGGACGGAAAGAUUGAUAGCAGCAUCUUAAAGUCGUACACAUUCCACUGGCCACCAGAGCGCUGGCAGGAGUAUGAACCUCUUCUAAAUUUCUGUCGUGAUAAUGGAAUUAAGCUUGUCGCUUGUGGAACUCCACUCCAGGUGAAAAGAACUGUCCAAGCAGAGGGGAUUAGAGGUCUUUCAAAAGUGGAAAGAAAGAAGUAUGCUCCUCCAGCAGGCUCGGGCUUCAUUUCAGGCUUUACGUCUAUCUCUGGUCGGUCAUUGAUAGACAAGAUUUCAUCAACACGUGACUCUCCUUUUGGUCCCAACUCAUAUUUAUCUGCACAGGCAAGAGUAGUUGAUGAUUAUACCAUGUCUCAGAUAAUUAUAAAGGAACUUGAUGCUAGAGAUCCUUCAAGGAUGCUAAUUGUUGUGGCGGGUGCAAGCCACGUUAUAUAUGGUUCACGAGGAAUUGGUGUUCCUGCCAGAAUAGCUAAAAAGAUGCCGAAGAAAGAUCAAGUUGUGGUACUACUUGAUCCUGAAAGACAAAGUAUAAGGAGGGAAGGUGAAAUCCCAGUUGCCAAUUUCUUAUGGUAUUCAGCGGCUAAACCUUGCAGUAGAAAUUGCUUUGACCGUGCCGAAAUUGCUAGAGUUAUGAAUGCUGCUGGCAGGAGGCCUGAAGCUUUACCUCAGGAUCUUCAGAAAGGAUUAGAUCUCGGAGUGGUUUCUCCUGAGAUAUUGCAGAACUUCUUUGACCUCGAGAAAUACCCUGUUAUAGAUGAACUGAUUCACCGGUUUCAAGGUUUCCGAGAAAGGUUGCUGGCAGACCCCAAAUUCCUUCAGAGAUUAGCCAUUGAAGAGGCUAUAUCAAUAACAACCACUCUUCUAGCACAGUAUGAAAGACGGAAAGGACGAUUUUUUGAAGAAAUUGACUAUGUCCUCACUGACACUAUUAGAGGCUCUGUUGUUGAUUUCUUUACAGUGUGGCUUCCUGCUCCAACUAUUUCAGUCCUUUCUUAUACUGAUAAUGGUUCUGGUGAGAGCUUCGAGUUUGUCAAAGGCAUUUUGGGAUCAUUGCCAGAUAAUGCGUUCCAAAAGAAUACCCUCGGUCAGAAUUGGAAUGUGAACCAGAGGGUUGCAGCAGUGUUAAUUGGUGGUUUGAAACUUGCUGGUGUCGGUUUUGUUUCUAGUGUCGGGGCUGGAUUUUCCUCAGAUCUCCUGUAUGCUGCUCGAGGAGUGCUGAAACCUUCAGUGAAUGUGGGAGCAGGACGAAAGAGAUCUCCUGUUUGGAAGUCAGCAGCUGUUUAUAGUUGCUUUCUUGGAACGUCAGCAAAUUUACGAUAUCAGAUCAUUGCAGGCUUGUUGGAGCAUCGACUAGGAGAGAGCUUGGCGACCCGCUACAAUCAGCCACUUCUUGCUGGUUUGUUGUCCUUUGUAGCAAGGACAGCCAACUCAUACUUGGGAACGCAGCAAUGGGUUGAUCUUGCUCGCUACACCGGAGUGCAAAAGAUUAAGGAACCACUUCCUUCUGCUGAGAUCACCGCACCACCUGAAAUAUCCCAGUUGGAGGGCGGUAGAACAGAAGUACAGAAUUCGGAUGACACUAGCAGCAACAGGAACCAAUCGAGUGGUCCGACCAAGUGAUUUGGUUGCUCUACUGCGGCUUCAAAGUCCGUAACCAUAUAUGUUCAAGACAGUGAAAGAUAUCUUCUUGCUUUGGGCCUCACCCUUGGAUCAGCAAAGAAAGGAAUUUUUUUUUAUUUGGGCAAAACAUAAAUUACACUCUUACAGAGUUAGUCAUCUAGUCAUUUUCUAGAGCAAAUAUACUGUUGUGGUUUGUACUCUGUGAAUAUGUAAGGAGAACACCUGCAGUAUCUAGUGGAUUUGCAGCAGCAAGAGCUCUCGGAUGUGAGUUAAACAUGCUGUAAAUUCGAAUUUAGUUUGAAAUUAUUCUGGGUGAAACUGUAAAAAGUUUGGUA